AUGACGCCGCUCCCAUCAGACACGGUGCCGCAAAUUCGGCAUCGCGACGCAAACACCAGCAAGAUGAAGGCCCAGAUCUUUCUCUGUGCCACCCUGGUCUGUUUAGGCCUGGCCUAUCCAUUAGCAAACACCCUGGGUUCGAACGACGGCCAAAGCACCCUUUUGCCAGACAACGAACCAGCCCCAUCUCGGCAACGACGAGGAAUCCCGAUUUUGUCUGCAAUAAUAGCCGGCUCCAGGUUUUUCUCCAUCCUUUUUCGGAUCAUUUCCGGCUCUAAGACUAUCGGUCAUAUGGCUGGUGCCAUGUAUGGUGUCCAGGUUUCCCAUAUUAUCGCCAUGCAGGCACUCAAGGCUGUUGGCACCAAGACUCUCGGGGCUCUUUCUGCUGCCAUGAGGUCUAGCGCCUUCGCCAAGGUUGGCGCUGCUCUCACUGAGGGCGCUGUUGUCGCUGGUGUCACUGGUAUCGCUGGUGGCGCGGCUAAAGCACUCAUCACCGCUGGCUUCGACAACUGA